AUGGAGAAGAUGGCGGCGGCAGCGGGCAGGGCCUUCAACGACCACCAGCACGACGGCAUCGGGGCCCUCCGCUCCACGAGCGAGGCCGUGAAGCGAGCCGUGGAUGUCGAGGUGGUCAUGCACGAGCUGGAGGACCCGUGGGCAUACGCGGCGGCGAAGUACCCCAACUUGGAUUGGAGACUCAAGUCGAAGAUGGAGUUCUCCGGGUACCACCAACUGCUCCAGCGCUGCAGGCAGCACGUCAUACUUGGACGGGCGAGGGCAAACACCGUGGACUUUGCGAAGCUGGCGGCGGCGAAGCUGGUCCCGGUCGUACACGUUCCGGUGGAGGGGGGUGAGAAGAGGACCACCUACGAAAGCUUCGAGAAGGGAGACGAUGAGAACUACGUGCCGCCGCCGCCCCUCAACGAUAAUGCCUUCUUCACCGGUCUGUCCUCGUCCGUUCUGGGGCGUCUGGCAGGCCCGCAGAUGGCGGACCUCGACGGCGACGAGACACGGCACAAAAUCCUCUUUUGCGACGGCAUGCUCUACGAUUUCAAGGAGCGUGUCCUCCGAUCACCGAUCCCCGCCGACCGCAUGGGCUUCCACGCGGCGGCGACCUCAGAGAUGUGGCAGCCGAGCAAGGCGACCAAGCUCUUCGAGCACAUCCUGGCUUUCUUGAAGGAGCAUGUGGAGACGGGGGUGUGUCUGCUCGAGGCCAGCGAGAAUGGCAAACAGGUCAUCGAGUGCUUCGAGGAAUUGGAGCAGGACGGGUGCGAGAUCCUCCGCCACAUGAAGGUGUACGGGGACUGGGACUCCGUCCUGUACGAGCUGCGUCUCAUGACCAGGGCCAUCUCCGCGACGCCGCGGUUCUGCGAGAUGUACUACAUCUGGGGAAGCCAGGAUUCCGGGAAGGACACCAAGGUGAAGAUGUUGCACGCCUUCCUCGGUCACAAAGAGAACAACUACGGGGUGCAGCUUCCGGGAAACUAUGUGGUGCAGCAGACUCGCUACCUGACCGCGAAGGACGGACCCGCGCCUUACCAUGCAAGGACUCUAGGCAAGCGGCUGGCCUGGGCCAGUGAAGUCCCCGAGCACUACUCGUUGGCGGAUGACUUCAUCAAGCCCUUUUGUGACAUGGAAGGUGCGCCAACAACGGUCAGCUUCACCUUGAAGCCGUCCAUGGCCACCGAGGAGCGAGCCGUGGAUGGCCUCAAGACCCGGAUAAACCAAGGAGAGUUCAACAAGUACAUGUUCUUCCUUGCGGCAAAUCUCGUGGACUCGUUGGAGAUGGAGUACAACCCAGGCACCGAGAUCAAGCCGCAGCCACCGGAGAUGAAGAUGAGCGCCAUGGACCUGGUCCCAUGUGCAGACAAGGACGAGGAGGCCAAACCCGAGGCCUUCAUGGCGGAGAUGUGUGCGCUGGUGCCCUUGAAGGAAGCAAGCCUCCACACGGAGCUGACGAUGGCGCUGAAGACCUACCUCAGCCUGGACACCUUGGGCGCGGCAAAGAGCGUGAUCUCGAAGUUGGGGAUCAAAGGACAAUCCUAUGGCCCGCGGUACAUCUCCACCCUCAAGCAAAAUGAGCGCAUGGUGGGUGUGAAGCUCCGAUCGGCAUCGACAAGUAGCUCUUAG